UGAGCUCUCCUAACCAGUUAGAAUCUGCGCUGAGUGGGUGGGCAGUGGCACAGCAACAGCCGCAGACUCGCAGAGGGCACGGCGGCCGGUGGGUGCUGUGGAAGCCGGAGUGACGCGGCGCGGACUGCAGGUAAAGAACAGUUUUCAGGAAAGAUCACAAUAGCAUGGCUACUGCGCUCUGUAGGAGAGCCAGGCUGGUCACCUAUCUCCCCGGGUUCUGCUCUCUUGUCAGAAGGGUGAGAGGAACACGAGCUUUUUCUGCUGCAGGAUCUUCUGGCUCUGAUGAACCUUACAUAGCCUCUACACCCCCGGACAUACUCCCCCGGACAGUUUGGCCAGAUGAAAUGAUGGGUCCUUUUGGUCCUCUGGACCAGCGCUUUCAACUACCUGGUAAUGUUGGCUUUGAUGCCCAUGUAAAUGGAGUGAACACACAGGGGAAAAUCCAGGCUCCUAAGAAUUUACCGGACCUUCUAUCUGAGCCAGCUGCCAGUGAAAGACACGAGUUUGUCAUGGCACAGUUUGUUAAUGAAUUUCAGGGAAAUGAAGUUUCUCUUCAAAACCAGGAGAUAAACAGCAUGGGGACCUACUUUGAAAAUGCAAAAGUGGAAUGUGCUGUACAGUCUUGCCCAGAACUACUGAGAAGAGAUUUUACCUCAAUGUUUCCUGAAGUUCCUGGCAGCAAAUUAAUGGUUCUGACAGUGACACAGAAAACUGAGAAUGAUAUGACCACAUGGAGUGCAGAGGUCGAUACUGAGAGGGACAUGCUUCUGGAAAAGUUCAUUAAUGGUGCCAAGGAAAUUUGCUAUGCCCUGAGGUCAGAAGGCUACUGGGCAGAUUUUAUUGACCCUUCAUCAGGACUAGCAUAUUUUGGGCCUUACACCAACAACACGCUCUUUGAAACUGAUGAGCGUUAUCGACAUCUAGGAUUUCGAAUUGAGGACUUGGGCUGUUGUAAAGUGAUUCGUCAUAACGUCUGGGGAACAAACAUUGUCGUAGGAAGUAUUUUUACAAAUGCUUCGGAAGAUAGCGCCAUCAUGAGGAAAUUAGGGGAACACCAGUAGUUGCUGUGGAGUUAACGCUCAUUACCUCUUUACUUGAUCUUUUUUAUUUCAACUGCUUUUGACGAUGGAAAAGAUACUUUAAACUGUGCUACUGUAUUUAAAUGCUAGAAAAGCAAGACUUAUUUAUGAAAACCAGGACAGCCAAUUAAAUAAGGAGAUGGGUUAAAGAUUGUUGUGUGAAACAUGACCAUUGUGCAUUGUUUUAUUAAACAUAACCGCAUUAAUUAAACAUGUUUUACAAAUA